AUACAAGUGUGCUAAAGAGCCAUCAUUAACUCCCAAACAAAACGAUACGCUUUUUAGUUUUAGUUAUUUUCCUUAUCAACCUCGUUAACCCAAGACACCAUAGCUACCUUUUUUCCCCUUCCUAUUCCUUCACGCUGCCACGCCUAAUUCACUUCUUAGGGCUUGUUUCUUCUUCUUCUUCUUCCUCUUAAAUCUAGGGCUUGCUUCUUGUUCUUCUUCACGAGGGUUUAGGAUCAUGGAUGCAGCCCACCAAGCUUAGGAUCAACUCGGAAGAUCACUACAGAAGGUGUUGAUUUUUCGAAUUGGAAGUUUGAGUCCGGAAGUUGGAACUAUGCUUGGAGGUGUGAAGUUCAUACCCCGUGAUCAGAUUGCUAAGGAUGAUGGCUCAGAUGAUUUGAAGAAAGAAAGUAAGAAAUCGAGUAGAAAGGAGAAGCAUAAGAGUAAAAAAAGACGUUCACGGUAUAGUAGUUCUGAUGAAGAUCUUGAGAGAGUAAAGAAAAAUUCUAGAAAGAAGAAAUGGUACUCAUCUGAUGAACAUUCGUCUUCGUAUUCAUCAGAAAGUUCAUCUGAAGAUGAAAAGAGAGGACGUAGUAGGAGGAAGGGAAAAAAAAGUUACGAUGAUAGCUCUGGGGAGGAGGCUAAUGAAAAAUCAAAUAGGAAAUCAAAAGGUAGAAAAGAAGGAAGUAAGGAACAUAGAAGGAAAGUGGAUAAUAAAGGGAGUCGACAAGACAAUGCAGAACAAGACAUGUCUGAUGACAGUAGAGGAGCUGAUAUUGUUAGGAAGGAAAUUGGGUUAGAGUGGAUGCUUAGACCAGAAGCAAAAACCGAUAGAAGACAUGAAGAAACCAUUGAGAAUGAGUCGGCUGUGGAUAAUAAGAGUGAGGAGAAAAGGACAGUCAAUCCCAGAGAAUUGAAUCCAUAUUUUAAGGAAGACGGAUCUGGUUAUCCUGAAGAAAAUGAUGAGCCUAAAGCUGGCGACCCAAAACUUUUAUCUUCAUCUCUUGUUGGAGACGGAGGUGCAAGUUGGAGACUUAAAGCGUUGAAGCGUGCAAGAGAGCAAGCAGCACGUGACGGAAGAAAGGUUGAUGAGGUCGUUGAAGAGCGUUGGGGAUCUCUUGGUCAAUUGGCUGUAUCUGUAGCUUCUCAUAAAGCUGCCCCAUCUCGUGCACAUCUGCAUGCCAUAAAAAGUAGACAAAGAGGGCAUGCUGAUGAAAGUAAUACCGACUCAGAAAAUCGGCCCGAGAAGGAUACUGAAAUGAAGCCAAAUCGAGACUACCUGAAAGAUGUAUCUGUCAAGCGACCUAAAAUGAAGGAGCCCAAAGUUCAAGAUUCUUUGUCAUGGAGAAAGCAAAGAAAUCAAAAUGUCUCUACCCAGGAUGCUGGUCUUAUUUCUGAUACAAUAUCUAGCUUAAAUAAAUUUGCAGAUGAUGGAAGCUUUCUGCGUGGAGUUCUUCAAAAGCAGAGUAAUAAUUCUGGUAGAAGUAGUCCUGAAAGAGACAAAGUAAAUUUGAAAACUGAGACAAGCUCAAUAGUACAGGAAUCAUUAAGCGCAAAUCAGCUAGCAGCCAAGGCUUUACAACUUCGCAUGAAAGGGAAGCAUGAAGAAGCUGAGAAACUUAUGAAAGAAAUGGAGAUUAUCAAGGCUAAGCAGGAUGUUGGUAAUACUCUCCAUAGGCCAUCGAAGCCUGAAAGCUCCAGCCGUGCUGUUAUUCAGGGUGUAUCUCUUGGACGGAAGAAGAAUAAAGAGGAUGAUGCUGAUAUGCAUCUAGCUCAAAAGAUUAUGCAGAACAAACAAUACAGUAUGUCAGGUCGAGCAGAUGAUGAAUAUGACUUUGAUGAUGGCCCAAGAAAGAAGUCACAGAAGAAGCGGGGAGGUAAUGAUCAGGCUAACCAGAAAAAUGUGAUUGUUAAUCGUUUCUCUUCAAACCAGCAAGAGCGCUGCAUUUUCUGUUUGGAGAAUCCCAGAAGGCCCAAACAUCUUGUCGUGGCAAUAGGAAAUUACACAUAUUUGAUGUUACCACAACAAGAGCCUUUGGUGCCUGGUCAUUGUUGCAUAUUAACCAUGCAGCAUGUACCCUCCACGGUCAGUGUUGAUGAUGAUGUUUGGGAAGAAAUUCGAAACUUCAAGAAAUGUCUCAUUAUGAUGUUUGCAGAGAAAGAGAAGGAUGUUGUGUUUCUGGAAACAGUGGUUGAUUUGCCUCAACAACGCCGCCAUUGUUUAGUUGAAUGUAUUCCUGUGCCUCGAGAAACCGAUGAAGACCCUGUGAACUAUUUUAAAAAGGAAAUACGUGAUGCUGAAGAUGAUUGGGCUGUUGCCAAGAAUGUUGACACUGAUUCAAAAGGAUUGCGCGGUAAAAUUCCCAAGAACAUCCCAUACUUUCAUGUUGAAUUUGGUCUAAAGAGAGGAUUUCUCCAUCAAAUCGAUGAUGAAGAACAAUUCAGGAGUGGUUUUGGCCUGAAUGUCAUGAGAGGAAUACUUGAGCUGCCCGAGGAAGAUAUGUACCGUCGCAGGCGCCAGAGGUCUGAGUCAGUGUCGGAACAAAUGCAAGCUGUUCAGAAAUUCACCCGUGAUUGGGAGCCAUUUGACUGGACAAAGCAGCUGCAUCAAUGAUAAUGUUAACAUUUUAUUUUGUUUUUGUAAGCAAUGCUAACAUUUGAUUUCAUUGUAACAUAGAAUAACAUUUUUGUAGCCUUGGAAGGAAAAAAAGAAAAUAUGGAACAUGAUUUAUUUCA